UUCCGCCUGCCCGUGCUCCGGCUCCAUAGGGCCGCGCUGCCGUCGUGAUCCCCGUCCGGACGCCCUCAUUCGCGGGCUGGCCUGUCAUUCCGCCCGGGCCCCGCAUUUCCCCGGUCCCGGCUGCGCUUUCCGCAGAAGCCCCCCCGCGGCUCGGCGCCCAUGCUGCGAAGAUGGCGGAGGACAGCAGCGCGGACGUGUUCAGGCCGCAGAUGUACCUGUUCGGUUGCGAGUUGAAGUCAGACAAGAAGGAGUACAAGAUCGAAGCGGACGACGAUGACGAGACUGAGCACCAGCUGUCACUCAAAACGGUGGGGCUGAAGUUACUGGGCCUGCAGGUAUGUCUGGGAGCACAAGCGGAGGAUCGCUUCAACAUGGUGGAGAUGGAGGGUAUGACCUUCGAUGGAAAAAUGAGCAAAGUGCAGCUGGCUGUCCUGAAGCCGUCCGUACUUCCUUCUCUGAAUUUGGGGGGGUUCGAGGUCACACCCCCCGUCACAUUUCGGCUCAAGUCUGGCCCCGGGCCCGUCUACAUCAGCGGCCAGCACUUUGUCAGUGUAAAGGAAUCUGAUGAUGAAGAGGACGAGGAUGAAGAGGAGGAAGAAAAUAACACGUCGCCUAUGAAGAGGCCUUCAAGUUCGGGAAAGGUUCCCAUGCCGAAAAAAAUAAAGCUGGACGACGAUGAAGAUGAAGAUGACGAUGAUGAUGAUGAUGAUGAAGAUGAUGAUGACGAUGACGACGAUGACGAUGAUGAAGAGGAUGAGAUACCUCAGAAAAAGUUGAAAAAUACAUCAGUUAAAACUCCAAAUACGGGUGCAGAGGCCCAGGGUAAGAAAGCCAAGGCUGCAUCGAAGCCCAAUGGCUCCCCGGACAGGUCUGCUGGCCCAGCAGGGAAGCCGCAAGCUAAGAGCCCCAAAGGAGGUAAAGAGAAUCCGGCAGGAGGGACACCAAAAACGCCUUCUGUGAGCGACGUGAAAAACAAACUGACCACCGAUGUCAAAGAAGGGAAGCCUCUCCCAAAGACUGAGCAGAAAUUUGAGAAUUUUGCCCGGAGCUGUUUUAAGAUCUCAGAUAAAAAUGUAAUCAAAGAACUUUGGACGUUUGUACAGACACUGAAGUCUGGGAAGAAAUAAUCAAACUAUAGCCCUUCGAGUGAAGAUGUAAUGUCAUCCUGUUUUUUGUUUUAAUUUCUUUAUCUUUUUUAGUGCCCCAUGAGUCAGAAAUAGACUGGUUAGUCACCUGUGAGAUUAAUAAGCCCCUUGACGUUCGGUUUAUGUUGCAUCUGAUGGAAAUUCUCUUCUCUGAAGUGUAUUUGACAAGCAGUAAGCUAAGGAUACUUUUUAAAAAUAUGAAUUCCUGGUUUAACACGGUCCUGGUUUAAACUUUAUACUGCCGAUGGAGUGUUUGCAUGUUUUUUUCAGUCAUGAUCAGCUUUAUUUUAAACUGAGCAUUCAGACUCACGAAUUCAGGUUGAAGACUAUUGCUGAUAGUCCUUUGUGUUCGAGCUGUGUUUGAAUUUCAGCAGUAUGCCCUCUGUUAGCUGUUUUAAAAUGCUUUUUGUGACUGACUGUCUACCAUUUGUAACCCCGAGUUGGUCUUUGUUGCAGAGGCAGUUCAGCACCAGGCUCUGAUGCAUUUUGUGUACUUUUUGAGAUUUUUGAGGGCAGUCGGUGGAACUCUGUUGCUUAAUUUUUUGUCUCUUGUCCUUUCGAAAUACAUUUUUGCUUUUACUGUUUCACUUAAAUGCGAUACUAAUAAGUUUGCUACUCUUUGCUAUAUUUUAAAAUCAUUUUUAUGGUCCAAUCCUGAAAUUGAAAUUUCUUAGAGCCUUUAUGUUUCACUGAUCGUUUUUUCCUGUCUAUCUGACAUUUCCUCCUUUUAGUUUAUAGACAAAAGGUGUUUGAAUAGCUGUAAGAAAAUGCUAAAACAUUUUGAACAUCGGUGAGCAGAUUAUCCUGAUUUGAGUCCCGGAAGCCGUCCACUCCUUUGUGACCCUUGAAAAUUCAUUGUUCAGAUUACUGAAAAACUUGCUUCUCAGUGAAAAUGGGUCUCCUUUGAUUCUGGGGGCUGAAGCCUUAAUUAAGAUUGUAAUUUUCAUUUUAGAUGAGGAUUUUUUUUUUUUAUUAUUUCUUUUUAAGUAUCUUAGUCCAUUGACCUACAACAGUGUGUUUCAGUCAUGGAUAUGGAUAUCACUGUAUUACUGAUAUAUGAACCAUUAUAUUUUGUGUUGUUGAUUGUGGGACAGAAAAGAAAUCCAUCCUUUUUUUUUUUUAAGAUCUCCGUUAAAAUAAACGUAAUAAAAUGUAUUUUCAUCCUUG